AUGGUUUAUUUGCCGGUUUUACUGGUUCUGAUGCUAGUUUCAGUAUCUGAGUCCUUUCACCUGGAGCACCUCGGUCGCUUUGACUGGCAGAAGAGCAUUCGACCAGGCGAGGGAUGCCCCAGAAAGUGCCACCUUGAGCGCUGUCCAGACGUUAGGCAGCUGCAGGGAUGUCCGGCCGGGCUGGUUCGUGACCAGUGCGGGUGUUGCUGGGAAUGUGGAAACGAUGAGGGGCAACUGUGUGACCCGGAGCCCAGAUCUGGGUCUACUUUUUACGGGCGCUGCGCUGAAGGACUGCGCUGCAGAGCCCCCCGCAGAAACCCCUCAGGUGAACCCAGAGCCAUCUGUGUGUGCAGCAAGCAGGAAGCACUCUGCGCUUCUGACGGAAAGACGUAUAAAAAUACAUGCCAGCUUCGGGCGGCCCAACACAAGCAAGGGAACGGUCAGACGCUGACAAUGGCGCACCACGGACCCUGCAAGUCGAAACCAGUUAUCACUUAUGCUCCCCGUGACAUCGUCACAACCAAAGGAAGUGAUGUCAUUUUUUCCUGUGAGGUGUCAUCGUAUCCACUGGCCUCCAUCCAGUGGAGUAAAGAAGGAGAUGUUAUUUCUUUUCCUGUAGACGAUUCAAGCACCGCUGUGCAGGCCCGUGGGGGUCCGCGUCGGUUUGAAUUGACCGGCUGGCUCCAAAUUCAAGGAGUUGGGCCGAACGAUGCAGGUGUGUACACAUGCACCGCCAGGAACGCCUUCGGAGAGGUGUCUGCCUCCGCCAGAUUACAGGUUACACAUGGAGGUUCUCAGCUCACCAAAGAGUUCCGCAAAAAGAAAACGGAGCUUAUAGAAUAUCAGGGAAGAGGAGAAUGUCGAUGA